GCCCUGCGCACAUCAGAGGCUGCGGGCAGCGCGCAAGGAGCGCCAUGGCGGGGACCCCCGGUGUUGUCCGCCUCUUCCUCCUCCUCCUUCUCCUCUGCAGCUCCGCGACAGCCGGACCUACCUUCCUGGUGGCAGCUCCCUGGAACAUCAGGCCUGGGACGAACGUGACUGUUGGGGUAGCUCUGCUGCCGGACAGCCCAGCGCAGGUCACCGUAAGGGGAGAAGUGAUUAGAAAUAACAAGACCAUCUUGGCCAGGGAAAUGGUCUUUGAGAAAGAUUCCUUUGGGACUCUUGUUCUUCCAGUACUGCCUUUGAACAGUGCUUCUGGGAGCUAUGAAUUACUGGUGGAAGGCCAUGCUGGUGGCCAGCUUAUCUUCUCUAACCGUACCAGCUUGAUGUUCAUGUCAAAGAGCAUCUCUGUGUUCAUCCAGACAGACAAAUCUAUUUAUAAACCAGGACAAGAUGUCAUGUUUCGGAUUGUCACUGUCUAUCCUGAUCUCAAACCUUACAAAGCAUCUCUGAAUAUAUAUAUCCGAGACCCUCGGAAGAAAUUGAUUCAGCAGUGGUUGAUGGAGGAGGGUGAUCUGGGUGUAGUUUCCAAAAAAAUUCAAUUAUCGAUGGACCCUCCACUGGGAGACUGGACCAUAGAAGUAGAAGUGAACGGUCAAGUUUAUUAUCAGAGAUUUAAAGUGAUGGAAUAUGUUUUACCAAAAUUUGAUGUUAUGAUAACAAUACCAUUAUACUACUCUUUGAGAGAGGAAGAUGUAACUGGUGUUGUCACUGCAAAGUACACAUAUGGAAAGCCAGUAAAGGGAACUGUAACAGUGACUUGUCUUCCUGUCUCUUACUGGACAAACAGGAGGAACAUAACGACAACACUGGAGAUAAAUGGAUCUGUGAAUGUAACCUGUAACAAGCUUAUGUUGCAAAACUUGAAUGCUGAUCAUUCGUGGCCUCAAGGUGACAGUCCUUACACAGAGCCAAUAGAAAUUAUUGCAGUGGUCACUGAGUCACUCACAGGAAACUCCCAGAAUUCAAGUACCAUCAUAUUUCCAAAACAAAGUGAUUAUUUUAUUGAGUUUAUGGACUACUCUAGAGUUAUAAAACCUUCUCUGAACUUCAUAGCUACCCUGAAGGUGACACGUUCUGAUAGCAACCAGAUGACAGCUGAGGAGAGGCAGAAUCUUGUCACAAUCACUGCCCAACAGUCAGACCUGCUUUUUCACCACCCUUCACUUUCUCACCUUGAGAAUGAGGCAACAGAGGAGAGAAAUCUGACGGUCAAUGUCCUGAAUUACACUGUCCCAGAAAAUGGAAUUAUUGAUAUUGAGUUUCCAAUCCUCUCCAAUACAAAAACUCUGAGAGUUCAGGCAGAGUUCCUCAGCAGUAGGACUGACAUAGGUGUUUACGACGUGUUCAGCUCCCCCAGCCAAACUUAUCUCCAGGUUAAAACAAAGAGCCAGGAUAUAAAGGCUGGGAAACCUUUUGAGCUGAGUGUAGCAAGCAACAAGCCCGUGAAAGAGUUCCACUAUCUGGUGUUAUCUAAAGAACAAAUUGUGGCUCAUGGUACAAAGGCUGCCAAAACAUUUACUUUGACAGCAGAAAAUUCCUGGGCUCCUUCAGCAUGUAUCCUUGUGUUCUACGUUGAUGAACUUGGAGCAGUUGUAAAUGAUGCGCUCACUGUCCCCAUUCAGCCAGUCUUGGAUGACAAGAUUAAAAUCUCUUGGAGCAAAGAUAAGGUCAAGCCAUCUGAGAAAGUCUCCCUUAAAAUCAGUACUACGGAACCAGGAUCAGUAAUUGGACUUGCAGUUGUUGAUAAAAGUACAAAGCUUCUGGGAGAAAGUAGUGACAUAACAGAAGAUACUGUCUUCCAUGAGCUCAAUUUAUACAACACAGUGCAGUAUUUCCCCCUUGUCAGAGGAUCUUUUGGUGUCUUUCAGAAAUGCAGCCUUUGGGUAUCAACUGAUGCAAUUCUUGAGGAGGAUAAGGAGCAUUUUCUUUAUGGUGGAAUGAUACCCAUAGAGGAUGGUUUUGGUGAUGAUAUGCCAGUAGCUAAAGAUGGACCUCUUGAUUUCAGCAAUCUCUAUGUGAGGACACAUUUUCCAGAGACUUGGCUUUGGAUCGACACUAAAACUAGGUCUAACACAGAUACCACAAUGGAAGUCACUGUACCUGAUACCAUCACAUCCUGGGUAGCCAGUGCUUUUGUGAUGUCUGAAAACAGUGGGCUUGGAGUGACAACUGCUCCAGUGGAGCUGGAAGCUUUCCAACCUUUCUUCAUUUUCCUGAACCUUCCGUACUCUGUAAUCAGAGGAGAGCAGUUCAUUUUGGAAGUGAACAUCUUUAAUUAUUUGAAAGAAGAUGCUGAGGUUACUGUGAUCUUGGAUAUGAACGAUGCUUUUGACAUUAUUCUAACAUCCAAUGAAAUAAAUGCUACAGAAAACCAGCAGUCUAUAUCUGUACCAAGUGAAGAUGGGGUAACUGUUCAAUUCCCAAUCAAGCCAAAACAGCUGGGGGAGAUUCCCAUCAAAGUGACAGCAACAUCAUCAUCUGCUGCUGCUGAUGCUAUCAUCCAGAAGGUGUUAGUAAAGGCUGAAGGGUUGGAACAGACAUAUUCUCAGACAGUUCUUUUGGAUUUAACUGGGAAUAAACCACAAACAGUGACAAAAACUUUGGAUUUCACUUUUCCAUCAGAUGUUGUAAGUGGCAGUGAGAAAGUGCAGGUCACUGCUGUUGGUGAUUUACUUGGGCCUUCUAUCAGUGGUUUGUCAUCAUUGAUUAAGAUGCCUUAUGGCUGUGGUGAACAGAAUAUGAUCAAUUUUGCUCCAAAUGUUUAUGUUCUGCAAUACUUGACUAAAACCAGGCAGCUGAGAGAGGAUAUUAAAUCAAAAGCUCUGUCAUUCAUGAGAAAAGGCUACCAGAGAGAGCUGCUUUUCCAGAGGGAUGAUGGCUCUUUUAGUGCCUUUGGAAAUGAAGAUCCCUCUGGGAGCACAUGGUUAUCAGCUUUUGUUUUAAGAUGUUUCCUUCAAGCUCAUCCAUUCAUAGAUAUUGACCAAGAUGUACUCAUGGAUACAGCUAAAUGGAUUGUCCGGCAUCAGAAAUUAAAUGGGGAAUUCCAUGAGCCUGGGAAAGUGUUACACAGUGAUCUCCAAGGAGGCACCAAUAAUCCAGUUGCUCUCACAGCUUACAUCGUAUCAUCCCUCCUAGGGUUCACAGAUAAAGAGCACGCUUAUGUUAUCAAGAGUGCUACAAACUUUCUAGAAGACAAAUUAGAAGAAGGCAUUUCAGAUAAUUACACUUUGGCACUUGUGACCUAUGCAUUGUCCUGGGCAAAAAGUACAAAAGCAAAGGAAGCACUGAAUAUACUGAACCAGAGAGCAGAACACCAAGGAGAAUUUCGAUUUUGGGUAACACCUGCUUCUGAAAUUUCUGAUUCAUGGCAGCCACGGUCCAUGGAUAUUGAGCUUGCUGCGUAUGCUCUGCUCUCACACUUUCAUCAGGACAGAUUAGCAGAGGGGAUCCCUAUUAUGAAAUGGUUAAGUCAUCAAAGAAAUCAUCUUGGAGGAUUUUCAUCUACUCAGGACACAGUGGUGGCUCUGCAAGCCCUGAGUUUAUUUGCAACUCUCACUACUGCAGGCAAAACAGAAAUGGAUGUAACAGUGACAGCACCUUCUUUGGAAACACCAGAAACAUUUUCAAUUGAUACUCAAAACCGUUUUCUGCUUCAGAGCAAGGAGAUUGUCCCUGCACAACCAAUGACAAUCACAGUGUCAGCAAAGGGAACAGGAUUUGCUGUCUUUCAGCUAAAUGUUAUUUACAACACAAAACACACAGAUCAGAAGCUCAGAUCUGUCCGAAAACAAGAAGCCUUUGACUUGAAUGUUGAUGUUAAGGAUGACAAAGAUGAUAAAGACCGAUUGUCCUUGAAUGUGUGUACAAGGUAUUUGGGUUCUGGCACAGCUCCCAGUAGUGGUAUGGUCCUCAUGGAGGUUGGCUUACUCAGUGGUUUCUCUGUGUCACCAGAUUUCAUCCCAUUAGACAACACAGUUAAGAAGAUGGAAAAGGACAAUGGAAAAGUCAACCUAUACUUAGAUUCUCUAAAUGAAACACAAGUUUGUGUGGAUAUUCCAGCUGUGAGAGACUUCAAAGUUGCAAAUAUCCAAGAUGCUUCAGUGACUGUAGUGGAUUAUUAUGAACCUAGGAGAAGAGCAGUGAGAAGCUACAACUCAGAAGUAAUGCAAAGUAUAACUCCCUGUGACUUCUGUGAAAGUGAUUGCAGUCUUUGCCAUCGAGAUGGCUCUCCAGCCCUGCUUCAGCACUCUCCAUUGGCCUCCUUGUUCUGCGUGCUAUUUGUCCUUCAUGUAAACUUGCUGUGCAGUUGGAUGCUGUAAAAGGAAACAGAUUAUGUUUCACAUCUGAGGUUUCCAUAAAUUAUCCAAAGAAAAUUUUAUGCUCAGAUACCAGCCCAUCUUUAGUGAUUAUGACCAAACUCCUGCUGUGUUCAGGGGGAGCUGGGCUGGCCCAUAUGGGAAAUUUCUGGCUGUGCCAGAAGACUUCUUUAAGUGUCUGCAGGAAAAACUUUCCAAGUGCUAGUUUCAUACCGAAGUCAUUUUCUGAAGAAGCACAGAGCUAACCAAGAGAGCAGCCUAAGAAAAUACAAACCUAGCUCUAUAUUCCUAUUCCCUUUUCACCCCAACUUUCAGUGUGUUUGUUUUUUAGGGACAUAAGUUAGUUUACUGUGCUUUUCUGAAACUAUCUGCUUCUUCAUUAGGGUGCUGGGAAGUAGAGUGCUGGGAGCUUGGUAUCAGAGAUUGCCUUCUGUUCUGCCAACAUGACACUUAACACUAAUAUUGAAGUUUGCUGUUUACCCUGAUGGGCAAUAAUAUGAAAAAUAAAAAGAGCUGGCUUUGUAACAGAUCCAAGAGCUAAAAACUUCUGCGUUCACAGACUGUUCCAUGCUCCAGAAAGUUGUCAAUCUUUUUUAUCAUCACAGAGAAGCUAGGUGAAAUUUUUGCCAAGUCAUAAGCUAAUCAUAUUUGAAAAUAAGGCCUCAGGAUGUUCUCAUGCAUUUUACACUGUGAGGCUUUUACUUUAAAUGCAUCAAAGAUGGAGUCUAUGUUUGAGCCUUCGUUCUUGCAGGGUUAUUAAAAAACAAACCUAAUUCUCUUUCCGCAUGAGAAUACCGAUGUCCACUGGUGCAUUUAUUGCCAGCAGGAUGAAGACUGCUUUGAUCUUUUUCUGUAUUUUUGUAGUCUUCUAGAAAUGUCACUGUGGGGCGUCAUUCGUGUCUCGCAUUUGUGGCGUUGUCAACAAUUUCAGUGGCAUAACUCUAAGCAGCUGUUUGCUGCUCUCUGUGCCAGGUCAUCUGAUGGGUCCUGGAUGCCAUCUGUGCAUAAAACUCCUGGUGUAGGCUGGUGGGAAAGGUUUUUAGGAGCUGUGGACUGCACAUGAAUUCAGCCCAGCAGAAUGCCUGACAUACUUGCUUAGCCUGAAGCACACCCUUGUUUGCC